CACGGUUAGAUACACCACGGCUGGUUUCAAAAUCAUCUUUAAAAGACACUUCUCAUUCCCACAUUACUGUGCUGCUUCUUUAAAGUAAAACGAAGUCAAGGCGAUUUUUAAACUCUCUUGUGAGAUUAAAAUCACAAUAUACGGACCAGAAAACUUACAAGGCUAAUAAUGGCAUGACUCACAUUCAUAAUCUCGUGUAGUGAAUCAGGAGGGGAACAUCUGCCUCUCUGCACAGGGCAGUAAUGCUGACUCUGCUCCUUUCUCCACUAUCUACUUGCAGAAAGCUAGACACAAAUUCAGUAACAGUAGAAUUCUCUCUACCUGGUUCCGGGAAUUGGUUCGCGCAGACUUCUGGGAAAUGUAGUCCGUGAUGUUGUGACGUCACAGAGAGCCUUCCAGGAAAUCCUAAUCCGGGUUUUGUUCUGUACAAGUGCAUUUUGUCCAAAGUUGGGCGCGAGUCCUCCCCUGCUGUGUCUCCUGCCGCGUCUCUGACUUGGAGGAAAUGCUGUCCUUCUGGGAUGUGGCCAUUGAUUUCUCUCCAGAAGAGUGGGAAUGCUUGGAGCCUGCUCAGUGGAAUCUGUACAGGGAUGUGAUGUUGGAGAAUUACAGUCACCUUGAUUCCCUGGGUCUUGCUGUCUCUAAGCCAUUCCUGGUGACAUUUCUGGAGCAAAGACAAGGACCUUGGGAUGUGAAAAUACAAGCAGAAGCCCCUGUUCAUCCAGGAACAAUACCCAGUGAUUGUAACAAUUAUAGCAAGGCCACUGAUUAUAAACCUAAACCAGUCCUUAUUAAACACCAGAGAAUUCAUGCAGGGGAAAAACCCUACAAAUGUGAAGAAUGUGGCAAGGCCCUUAGUUCUCAUAAAGCACUUUCUAUACACGAGAGACUUCACACUGGAAAAAAGCCCUACACGUGUAAAGAAUGUCAUAAGGCCUUCAAUACACGCUCAUCGCUUUUUAUUCACCAGAAAAAUCAUACUGAUGAAAAAACAUACAAGUGUGAAGAAUGUGGCAAGUCAUUUUACUAUCCUUCAAUGCUGAAGCAACAUCAAAGAAUUCAUUCUGGAGAAAAACCCUACAAGUGUGAAGAGUGUGGCAAAUCCUUUUGCUAUCCUUCAUUCCUUAAGCAACAUCAAAGAAUUCAUUGUGGUGAAAAUCCCUACAAGUAUGAAGAAUGUGGCAAAAGAUUUUCCUGUUCUGUAAGCCUUCAGGAAUAUCACAAAGUUCAUACUGGAGGGGAACCAUACAAGUGUGAAGAGUGUCAUAAAGCCUUUCGUUUCCAUUCAGCUCUUAGGAUACACAAGACAGUUCACACUGGAGAGAAACCCUACAAGUGUGAGGAGUGUGGCAAGUGUUUCUCCUCAUCUUCAUGUCUUAGACGACAUCAAACGAUUCAUUCUGAAGACAACCCCUACAAGUGUGAAGUGUGUGGCAGAUGUUUUUGCUCAUCUUCAUCCCUUAGACGACAUCAAACGUUCCAUUCUGAAGACAAUCCCUAUAAGUGUGCAGAGUGUGGCAAACGGUUUUCCUGUUCUGCAAGCCUUCAGGAACAUCAAACAAUUCACACUGGAGAGAAACCAUACAAGUGUGAGGAGUGUCACAAAGCCUUUCGUUAUCACUCGGCUCUUAGGAGACACAAGAGAGUUCAUACUAGAGAAAAAUCUUACCAGUGUGAAGAGUGUGGCAAAUGUUUUUCCUCAUCUUCGUGUCUUGGACGACAUCAAGCAAUUCACACUGAAGACAAUCCCUACAAAUGUGUAGACUGUGGCAAAGCCUUUGUUAAUCUUUAUAGCCUUACUCGGCAUAUGAUAGUUCAUACAGGAGAGAAAUCCUAUAAAUGUCUUAAAAAGUUUACUUCUUCAGACCUUAAGACACAUCAACUGACUUACUGCCUACAAAGACUUCUGGGUAAUGUAGUCCACCAAAUUGUGACAUCACGAGUAGCCGUCCAGGAAAUAGCAAUUGAGCUUUCGUUUUUGAACUGGUGCACCUACCCCAAAGUUGGGCUCGAGUCCUGCUGUGUCUCCUGCUGCGUCUUUGCCUUGAAGGAAAUGCUGUCCUUCCGGGAUGUGGCCAUUGAGUUCUCUCCAGAAGAGAGGGAAUACCUGGAGCCUGCUCAGUGGAAUCUGUACAGGGAGGUGAUGUUGGAGAAUUACAGCAACCUUGAUUUCCUGGGUCUUGCUGCCUCUAAGCCACACCUGGUGACAUUUCUGGAGCAAAGACAAGAGUCUUCGGAUGUGAAGAGACAAGCAACAGCUGCCAAGCAUCCAGGGACAACACCCAAUGGAUAUAAUGAUUCCAGCAAGGUUUUUGAUGAUAAAUCACUCCUUAUUCAAUGUCAGAUAAUUCAUACAGGAGAGAAACCCUACACAUGUGAAGAAUGUGGGAAGGUCUUCAGUUCUUGCUCAACACUUUCUAUACACCAGAGACUUCAUACAGGAGAAAAACCCUACAAGUGUGAAGGUUGUUGUGAGACCUUCAAUUCUCGCUCUAAACUUUCUGUACACCAGAGGAUUCAUACUGGAGAAAAACCCUACAAGUGUGAAGAAUGUCAUAAAGCCUUUAGUACUCGCUCAUCACUUUCUGUUCACCAGAAAAACCAUACUGGAGAAAAACCCUACAAGUGUGAAGAAUGUGGCAAGUCAUUUUGCUAUCCUUCAAUGCUGAAGCAACAUCAAAGAAUUCAUUCUGGAGAGAAACCCUAUAAAUGUGAAGAGUGUGGGAAAGCUUUUUAUGAUCCUUCAUUCCUUAAGAAACAUCAAAGAAUUCAUUGUGGAGAGAAAUCUUACCAGUGUGACAAGUGUGGCAAACUUUUUUCCUAUUCUUCAGACCUUAAAAUACAUCAAAGAAUUCACUCUGAUGGCAAUCCCUACAAGUGUGGGGAAUGUGGCAGAGCCUUUUCUAAGCUUUCUACCCUUACUAAGCACAAGAUUGUUCAUUCUACAGAGAAACCACACAAGUGUGAAGAGUGUGGGAAAGCCUUUGCUUCUAAAUUUUCCUUGAGUCAGCACAAGUUAUAUCAUACUGGAGAGAAACCUUACCAUUGUGAAGGAUGCGGCCAAAUGUUUUACUUUACUUCUGACCUAAAGAAUCAUAAAAGACUUCAUUGUCAAGAGAACGUGUACAAGUGUGAAGUCUGUGGAAAAGCCUUUUCUAGUCAUUCUUCCCUGGUUCAGCACAAAAUAGUUCAUAUUGGAGAGAAACGACACGAGUGUAAAAAAUGUGGCAAAAAGUUUUCCUAUCCUUCAAAACUGAAGAGACAUGAAAGAAUUCAUACUGAAGAGAAGCCCUACAUAUGUGUAGUGUGUAGCAAGAUCUUUUGUACCAAUGCAGAACUUUCUGUACACAAGAGAUCUCAUAGGGAAAGACCACACAAAUGUGAAGAGUGUGGCAAAACCUUUUCUAUGCUCUCAUACCUUCCUCUGCACAAAUUACGUCAUACAGGGGAGAAAUCUUACAAGUGUGAAGAAUGUGGGAAAAUGUUUUACUCCACUUUAGAACUUAAAAAACAUCAAAUAAUUCAUAGUGGAGAAAACCCACACAAGUGUCAAGAAUGUCACAAAGGCUUUCGUAACCAGUCAGCCCUUAAUAGACACAAGGCAGUUCAUACACGAGAGAAACUCUACAAGUGUGGAGAGUGUGGUAAAGCCUUUUCCUAUUUUUCAGACCUUAAAAGACAUCAAAAUAUUCACUCUGAAGACAAUCCACACAAGUGUGGGGAAUGUGGCAAAGCCUUUGUUAAUCUUUAUAGCCUUACUCGACACAAGACAGUUCAUACUGGAGAGAAAUCCUACAAAUGUAAAAGGUUUACACAUUUUCAGCCCUUAAAGGAAGGCAAAUAAUUCAUUCUGAAUACAAAUUCCAUGAGUGUGUGGAAUAUGGCAUAAUCUUUGCUAAUCAUUCAGACCUUAUCCAACUUAAAUGAAUUCAUGGUGGAGAAUAUUAAUUAUUUUAGAAUAUCAACAGGAACAUCUAAUUUCCACCAAUACAAAUGCUAAGAAUGCCACCAGAAAACAGUAGAGAUUUCUCUUUGCUGUAACCCCCCUCUCCAGUUUGUUCAUGUUUUUCAAACCUGCCUUGAUUUAUGACUGUUUAUUCUGUAACUAUAAAUGUUCCAUAAAACUCUUGUAACUUUGUCUGUUGGGUUCUCUAAAUCUGAGAUCUGGGCUAUGGUACAGUUACCAUUAUUUUUCCCUGUGGUGUCACCCAAACACCUGUAAUAACAUCUCCCCUGGGUAUGUAAGGAUCUCCAUUGACUCAUAUUUCUCACCAGAUUGGACUUUGGUGAAAUGGUUUGCAUUGGUACAGUCUGGGGUGAGUGGGCAUGUGUGUUUAUCUCCCAAGGAAAUGCUAACAGAACACAUUUUCAGUCAUAUUUGAAUCCAGAAUAAAGAAUGUCUUAUUUCCUUUACAUUCAGAACAGCAUUUCUCAGAUGUUCCCAACUGUCAUGUCAUAGAGAUUGCCAUCACACUGAAAUAAGGACCCAAGCCAGUUGCACUCACUCGGCAGAAAGGAUGUGUUUGAUUAGUGGAUAUGUGAUCCUCAAGUAUGAAACACUGUAGGGGCAGGUCUUAUUUUACUGCAUAUACAGAUCCCAAAGUCAUCUCAAUCUCAAGUUUACUAAUGUACUGUAAACUAUUAACAGGGGGUAAUUAACUCCUAAACAUUAACAAUCACUGACUUCUAGAUGAUUAAAUGUCUCUAAUGUGUCCAGAAUUGUGUUUCUAGUCAUGCUAAAUAUAAAUGAAAUUUACUCACAGAGAUGAGUGGGAAGGAGAAUCCAAUUAUAUCUCUCAUUCUAUACUCCUUUGUAUAUGAUGUUGAAGUACAGCCUAAAGCACAUACCUCAAAACAAAUUUAAAUUGUGUUUGUUUAAUGGGGUAUAAUAUUCAUAAUCAUAUAUAUACAUAUAUAUUUGAAAAUUAUUUUGAAAAAUGAAUGCUUGAAUAAAAAGCCUAUCUGUCUGCUGUCUUCCAGAAUUUUCCACCAGUGACCUUUGAUGUGCCUCAGAUUUUUUUCCUCUCUUAAUUCUUAUACUGGCAGAGAAAAGGAACACAAUCCAGACUCAAGACCCUUACACCAGGCAGGCUGGAGUACAGGAGGGGUCAGACACCGCGUUUGCUCUAAGACACUGAGAAUCUGACAGCAUCCAUGUGAGAAGGGCUCAGCUCGUGAAGCCGCUUCACCACCAAAACUGCUCAGGGAGCUCCCAGCUCCACCUCAGGAGCAGGUAGUCAGCUGACCAUCGUUAGCUUGCAGUCCUGGUCACCUCAGCUGACCAUCGUUAGCUUGCAGUCCUGCUCACCUCAGCUGACCAUCGUUAGCUUGCAGUCCUGGACCUUGCGCUAUCGUCUACUCCGCGCUCCCCGGCAGCUCUGCUGUCCCAGAAGCCCAAGGCGGACUCGGGCUGCCCGUCCUAAGGAAACCAUCUCUCAGGGCACAGUCCCAUCGCCCUCUCCCAGCCCUGACCUGCAACCUCCCGCGUCCCAGCCAGUUCAGCACAGCAUCUCCAAGGCAGCUUCUCCGCCCUCGCACCCAGCCCAGGUCCACCCCCUCCAAGACGGACCGCACCCCGCACGGAGCCUCAGGCUGACCUGCACCCUGGACCAAUCUCCAAGUCAGAGACGCAGCAGGAGACACAGCAGGGGAGGACUCAUGCCUAACUUUGGGGUCACGUCACAGUGCCUUAGACUACAUUUCCCAGAAGUCUGUGCGAAAGAAUUCCCAGAACCAAGUACACAGAUUUCAGCUUUUCCUGGAAUUGUCGUCUGGAGUCAGCUUUACAGCCUUGUGCAGAGAGACUGGUGUUCCCCUCCUGAUCCACUACACGACAUUAUGAAUGAGUCGAGCCUUUGACAGAUAUAAUAGCCUUGUAAGUUUUCUGGUCCGUAUAUUGUGAUUUUUAAUCUUAACUAGGACAUUUAAAAGACUCGGUUUUAAACUAACAAAGCAACACAUUAAUGUGGGAACGAGAAGUGUCUUUUAAAGAUGAUUUUGAAACCAGCCAUGUUAUAUAAGUGGACCCGGGGUAAAAGGCUGGAUUGGAAAUUUUAAAGUCACCUUGUAUCUAAGUAAAAAAAGAAAAGUCGAAACAAAACAAAAUGAAACAAAUAUGCAUUUAAAGCAGUUGAGUAUAAUGUAUGCUUUUUCUUAAUAGGUAGUCCUGCAAAUCAGUAAGUAGCUACUCUUCAUUCCUCUGUACUAACACUGUGUGAGCGAGCUAUACAUGGAUCUGACUCUACAGCUUGUAAAACAGCUUUGUGUUAAUAUCAGAAUCCUACAGUGUAGAGAAUUGGUGAGGGACACAGAGAUGGUACAGUCACUGAACAAAUUUAAAUGUCCAAUCUUACAAAGAUCUCCCAUAACCCAUCUCAAGAUUUUUCCACCUGCCCUUCUGUCCUUGAAAACUCUCAACUGUUACUCUAUGUAAGCAAUUUAGUUUUUGUGAGAGCUCUACUAGAAUUUUACCAGUGUUUUCAUGGUUCUUCACAAACUCAGGUCCACAUUCACCACCAGCAGGGCUGGGAACUCAUGCUCACCUCCCAAGUGAAGGGACAUGCCCUGGAUCACAGACUCAGGACUGAAGCACAGAUAGCCCCAGUGUAGAGUUUUCCAUAUUUCUGCCAUGAGGUUCCAUAUGGUGAGGUUCCAAUUCCACUUAGCCAUCACCUGCAUGCUCCAUGACAUGUGACCACACAGGGACUGUUAGGAGGGACACUGAACAUCUGACCACUUAUAUGGUGAAGCGGUUCUCUCUAAUAGUGCUGCAAAGCUCCAUGUUGACCUACACGUUGCUGACCCUGGAGAAACUUUCUUAGAAGUGAAGUUUUGAGCAUGAAGCUGCUAUAAGGGUCUUCACCUUUCAAAUGAAAUUGCACUUCCACAAGCCAGAGACUUCCUUCGAUGUGCUCUUGGCUCAGAGCAAAUCAAUGUGGGCUUGGUACAAAGUGCCUGGAUUCCCCAAACUGGAGUUAAUCUCUGAGAAUUGCAGCUGAUUUCACAUUGUCUAUAACUUUAAAGUCACCAUGGUUUAGAAUGAGAUUGAUACCUAUAGAUUCAUACGGUGGAAUGCUUAGGUCUGGUUGUUAGGAACUGUUUUUGAAGGAUUAGAGGGUUUGGACUUAUCAAAAGCACGUGUCAUUGGGGGCGGGCUUUGAGGUUACAGAAUCCUACUCAUUACCUGUCUCCUAUUGGGGAUCAAGAUGUAAGCUCCCUGCUCCUGUUUAAGGAUCAUGGCUGCCUAUCUGAAACUAUACUCUCCAUCAGAGGACUUUUACACAAUGAAACCAUGAGCAACAAAUGAUUAAUGUGUUUUCUUGCAGCAAUCAAAAAGACACUCUGUUCUGUGGUUUUCCAAUGGAGAUGAGAAAAAAUGUCUACUCGCCUCAGAUUUGUCUCUAAUUAAAGACAUAGCAAAGAUUCCACUAAAGUCCCUAUCUUGAAUCAAUGAGUUUACUACUAGAAUUGCAGACAAGAUUAUGGUUGAGGGUUUAGAAGAGGAACACACUUUAGUAAUGUUUCUUUUACAAAUGUGUGUGCCAUUGUAUUUUGAGUCAUAGACUUUCAGAAUUCAGACUUCAUCCUGAUGGAUUCUUUUUCCCCUGUAAGGAAUAUGAAAUAUCCUUCUCAAGUUCUUUUCAUUAACUUUAGUUUGAAGUCUAUUUUGUCAGAUGUUAGGAUAGCUACACCAGUUUUUUCUUAGAUCCAUUUUAUUGGAAAACCUUUUCCCAAUCGUUUACUCUCAAGUAAUGUCUGUCUUGGAAGCUGAGGUGUGUAUCUUGCAUGCAGCAGCAGGAUGUUUCCUGUUUUGGUACCCAUUUGGUUAGCCUGAGUCUUUUUAUCAGUAAAUUGUGCCCAUUGAUAUUAAAAGAUUUUAAUGAUCAA